UUCCAGUACCUGGGGACCCGGACAAGAUGCUUGCUUAUUAAAGCAUUCGGGUGUGAUAUCUAGCUGCUUGUCCGCCUUUGUGGCCCAGUACAACCGUUGCCGUACCUUUGACACUCUCUGGCCUUGAUAUUCAACCCCAGAAGGAUGCAUCCAUUAACAGCAUACGCCGUUGGCGUUGCCGUCGUUGGCUUUCUCGUAUACGCUCUCAUCGAUGUCGUCUCGAAAUACAAUGCCAAGUACAACUGUCGUGGACUCCCCGGGCCAGCACUGAUACCAUGGGUCGGACGCAUUCACGAUCUCCCCAUCGACUUCAUGUGGCUCAAGUUUAAGGAAUGGGCUGACAUGUAUGGACCGAUAUAUCGGACGAAGAUGCUGGGAGCAAACUUCGUUGUCAUCUCUGAUGAGAGCAUCGCCGAGGAUAUCUUAGUAAAGCGCGCAAAGGUUUACUCCGAUCGACCUGAGAUCAAGUCUCUGUUCGACGCAAAGAGUACCUAUGGAUCCAUGGAGUACCUGCCCCUCAUGGGCAAGAACCAGUACUGGGCUCGUCAGCGCAAGUUCACCCACUCUUACCUUACCGAAUCGACAAACGCUAGGUAUUACGGCAUCAUGGAAUUCGAACAGAAGAGGUGGCUGCAACGACUUGUGGAGAACCCAGACGACUUCUCGUUCUCACUGGAGGACAUGUGCUCCAAGGUUAUGGCCACCUUGACUUGGGACGACCACACCGUCAGUCUUCCCUUGACACCGAGCGCUUGGGGUCUCCUCACACAGAUGUCGCCGGCUGGUCCGAUUACCAAUGUCUUGACGCCUCUCUGGGACUGGGUUCCAGAGCCCAUCAACCCCUGGAAGCUUCGUGAGCGUAAACGCCACGAUGAACAGCAGGAGUUCUUCAUGAAAUGCCUGGUUGACACCCGAAACAAGAUGGAAAAGGGAAAGCAGCGACCCUGCUUCACCAAGACAUAUCUCGAGACUGCUGAGAAAACUAGCAUCUCUGGCGAUUACGAAGCAUCUUGCGUGCUUGGUAUGAUGGCUCUCGUCGGAAUUUUCACGGUUACUGGACCCAUCUACUACUUCUUGAUCGCCAUGGUUCAUCACCCAGAGUGGCAGCGCAAGUGCCAGGAGGAGAUCGAUGCCGUCUGCAAGAACGGUCCUCCAACAGUUGCCGAUAUGCCCACCCUCCCCAUCCUACGUGCGUGUAUCAAGGAGACGAUGCGGUGGAAGCCCACUGUCCCGACCGGUGUUGCCCAUGAGUGUGAAGCUGAUGACUGGUACGGUGGAUACUUCAUCCCCAAGGGCACACGCAUCUUGCCUCUCGACUAUGCCUUCCUUCGCAACCCUGUCAAAUACCCUGACCCAGAGUCUUACCGACCUGAGAGGUGGCUUGAACCUGGGUGGCCAACGUUCCAGGGACCGCUCACCAAAUUCCCCAUGAUCACUGGUAUGUCAUCGUUCGGUUGGGGACAGCGUCAAUGUCUCGGCAUGUCUAUCACCCGCGACGAAACCAUCACUGGCUGCGGUGGUCUAAUGUGGGCUUUCAACUUGAAGAGGAAGGUUGACCCUAUCUCCAAGAAGGAGAUCGAAGUGCCACUAGACAAGUCCAACUCGCUGCUUAUCAUCAAGCCUGACGCCUUCGAGAUGGCUUUCGAGCCCAGAAGCGAGGCAAGGAAGGCCGAGAUCGCCCAACAGUGGAAGGACGCCGAGGCGAAGGAUGCGGCUGAGCGAGCGGCGUUCCUCAGAGCCGCAGAGGCGAAGGAGGUGCUGGUCUGAGUACGGGAAGACUUUCUUUUGUCGAUCCGGACAGCGAUGCUAAGUCCGUCUAAUGAGAUGCAUGGCGUUUACUAUAGGUGUGGCUUUUGUCUUUAUAAUUUCUAUCGAUGUGUUAUCGAUCAUUGAUAGUGGCAGUUAUAUAUACCAUCUGGUCGUGCUACCGCGUUGCUGCCCAGAAGGUGUGGGAAUCGAAGCUCUUGGCAUUU